UUUGGCGAAGAUGCCGCAGAAACGUAGGCAGAGCGUCAUUGGGACGAGAGGAGCCAGGAAGAGAGAUGAAGAUUCAGGGACUGAUGUGGGAGAAGGAACAGAUGAAUGGACCCAGUCUAAAAUCACCAUUAGACCCCCAGACCAACUGGAGUUGACUGAUGCGGAAUUAAAGGAGGAGUUCACUCGAAUCCUGACAGCCAACAACCCUCAUGCACCCCAGAAUAUUGUCAGGUACAGCUUCAAAGAAGGCACAUAUAAGCUGAUUGGCUUUGUGGACCAACUGGCAGUUCACUUCACUCAGGUGGGGAACCUGAUUCCCAAGGACUCAGAUGAAGGACGGCGGCAGCACUUCCGUGAUGAGAUGGUGGAAGGGUCCCAGGAGUCUCUCAAGGUAGCGCUCUCAGAUAUAGAAAACCUUGAAGAAGAUGAAGAACCCAAGGAAGCAGAAACUGAACCAGGAAGUCAAACCGAUGUGCCUGUGGCUGAGGCAGCUGAAAAAGCAAAUGAAGAAUUGACGACUCCUGCACAGCCGAAGGAACGAAAGCUCACUAACCAGUUUAACUUCAGUGAGAGAGCCUCACAGACCUUUAACAACCCACUCCGGGAUAGAGAAUGCCAAAUGGAGCCUCCUCCCAGGACAAACUUUUCAGCCACAGCCAACCAGUGGGAAAUCUAUGAUGCCUACAUGGAUGAGCUUGAGAAACAGGAAAAGACCAAAGAAAAGGAGAAGACAAAAACACCAGUGGCUAAAAAACCAGAGAAGAUAGCCAUGAGGAAGCUAACAUCUAUGGAGUCCCAGAGUGAUGAUAUCACCAAAGUGUCCCAAGCUGCAAAAAUUGUGGAGCGGAUGGUCAACCAGAAUACAUAUGAUGAUGUGGCUCAAGAUUUUAAGUAUUAUGAGGAUGCUGCUGAUGAAUAUCGGGACCAGGAGGGUACGCUGCUGCCUCUCUGGAAGUUCCAAAAUGACAGAGCCAAGCGCCUGGCCGUCACCGCCCUCUGCUGGAAUCCAAAGUACAAGGACCUGUUUGCAGUGGGACAUGGCUCCUAUGACUUCAUGAAGCAAAGCCGAGGCAUGCUGCUAUUCUACAGCCUGAAGAACCCCAGCUUCCCUGAGUACAUCUUCAGCAGCGAAAGUGGAAUCAUGUGUCUGGACAUGCACGUGGACCACCCCUACCUGGUGGUCGUGGGCCAUUACGAUGGUAAUGUGGCUGUUUACAAUCUCAAGAAGGCGCACUCCCAGCCCUGCUUCCGCAGCACAGCCAAGUCUGGCAAGCACACCGACCCUGUAUGGCAGGUCAGGUGGCAGAAAGACGAUAUGGACAACAACCUUAACUUCUUCUCUGUAUCAUCUGAUGGCAGGAUCGUGUCAUGGACACUUGUAAAGAGUGAGCUGGUCUGUACAGAUGUCAUCAAGCUGAAGGUGGAAGGCAGCAGUACAGAACUCCCUGAGGGGUUGCAGUUACACACCAUAGGUUGUGGUACCGCUUUUGACUUCCACAAAGAAAUUGACUACAUGUUCCUCGUGGGCACAGAAGAGGGGAAAAUCUACAAGUGCUCUAAAUCCUACUCCAGCCAAUUCCUGGACACCUAUGAUGCUCACAACAUGGCAGUAGAUGCUGUCACCUGGAACCCAUACCACACCAAGGUCUUCAUGUCCUGCAGCUCUGAUUGGACAGUAAAGAUCUGGGACCACACCAUCAAGACUCCCAUGUUCAUCUAUGAUCUGAACUCGGCUGUGGGUGAUGUGGCCUGGGCACCAUACUCUUCCACUGUGUUUGCAGCAGUCACCACAGAUGGGAAGGCUCACGUGUUUGACUUGGCCGUUAACAAGUACGAGGCCAUCUGCAACCAGCCUGUGGUGGCCAAAAAGAAGAACAAGAUCACCCACGUGCAGUUCAAUCCCAUCUACCCUAUCAUCAUUGUGGGGGAUGACCGUGGGCACAUCACCUGCCUCAAGCUCUCUCCCAACUUGCGCAAAAUGCCAAAGGAAAAGAAGGGGCAGGAAGUACAGAAGGGUCCAGCCGUGGAGAUCGCAAAAUUGGACAAACUGUUAAACCUGGUGAGGGAAGUGAAAACCAAGACUUGAGGGUCUGGCUUCAGGCCUUGCCCCAUUUCUUGGACCCAAUACUUACAACCCUUGGUGUGAGAACCAGGGUGCCUAAGCACCCUGCAUGUGACCCCACCACUGAUCACAUCCUAGGAUUUGCUCUUCUAAUUCUGGCCUUCAAGGUUCCAGAAUCUUUCCCUUAAGGCUUGACCCUCAACCACCAUUACACCCUCUUACGUGGUACAAAUAAACCUAUGUUAGGAAGCUCA